AUAGAAGGGGCUAUUCUUACACAUCGGCGGACAGCUGUUUCAAUGAGCAGGAAAAUCACUCUCCGACGAUAUAUAGAGCGCAAUCUGAGGCUCAUAACAGGUGCAAAUGAACCCAAAUCCAUUAUUGUGUAAUGAGAGACUGCAACGAACAAAAACAAUACCAAGUUGUAACUGUAGAUGUCAUUUUAUUUUAAACGUAUUUUAUUUGGACACAUCAGUCCGCAGUUGGCGUCGUGCGAGGAUCGUUUAAAGCGCAGCAGAGCGAAGAGUAGACAACAGCCGGGAUACAGGCAAGAGGAGACGCUGUGGAAGACCCAGCGCCAGGGAGGCAGAGAGCGGACCUGGGGCUGGAUGUACCCGGCCGUACCCUCCCCAGCGGCUCGCCAUGGGGGAUACCAAAAUUAUAUAUCAUUUGGACGACCAGGAAACUCCGUACCUGGUCAAGCUGCCCAUCGCUGCGGACAGGGUUACUCUUGCCGACUUCAAAAAUGUCCUCAAUAAACCCAACUAUACAUUUUUCUUCAAAUCUAUGGACGAUGAUUUCGGGGUGGUGAAAGAGGAGAUCUCAGACGACAAUGCCAAACUGCCCUUUUUCAAUGGCCGAGUCGUGUCAUGGUUGGUGUCAGCAGAUGGUUCUCACGGCGGUUCAGAUGGGGGUUCUACGUGUGCAGACAGCCAGGCAGAGCUGCCACUUCCUUUGGAGAGGACCGGUGGCAUCGGAGACUCAAGACCCCCCUCUUUCCAGUCAGUAUCUGAAAAGUGUGCGAACACUGCUGGCAGUCAGGACAACGAGACAGAGAUGGAGUCGGUUGUGUUGCUACAGAGGGAGAGGGAGUGGGAGAGAGACCGUGGCAGGGAGAGGGAGAGAGAGGGGCCGCGAUGGAUAGAGAAAGACACUCAUGACCAUGGUGGCAGGUUGAAUGGUCACACGCGUCCAGAGCGGGAGCCGCGGCGACCGGAGCUGGCGGGCUAUGAGAGCUCGUCAACGCUGAUGAGUUCUGAGCUGGAGACGACAAGCUUCUUCGACUCUGAAGACGAUGAUGCACCCAGUCGGUUCAGUGGCUCCACGGAGCAGAGCACGUCGUCGAGGCUCGUGAGACGACAUCGGCGGCGACGGCGGAAACCCAAAGCGCCACGGAUGGAGAGGACGUCCUCUUUCAGCAGCGUCACAGAUUCCAGCAUGUCACUGAACAUCAUCACUGUCACUUUAGAUAUGGAGAAGUAUAACUUCCUGGGCAUCAGCAUUGUGGGUCAGAGUAACGAGAAAGGAGAUGGAGGAAUCUACAUCGGCUCUAUCAUGAAGGGAGGGGCGGUGGCCGCCGACGGACGCAUCGAGCCUGGAGACAUGCUGCUGCAGGUGAAUGACAUUAACUUUGAGAACAUGAGCAAUGAUGAUGCAGUAAGAGUACUGAGGGAGAUUGUGCAUAAGCCAGGUCCUAUUACUCUGACUGUGGCUAAGUGCUGGGAUCCUAACCCUCGAGGAUGCUUCACACUGCCGAGAAGUGAGCCGAUCCGUCCCAUAGACCCUGCUGCCUGGGUGUCCCACACUGCAGCAAUGACAGGGGCGUACCCAGUGUACGGUAUUAGUCCUUCUAUGAGCACCAUCAGCUCCUCCAUCUCAAGCUCCAUCCCUGAGACUGAGCGGUUUGAUGACUUUCAUCUAUCCGUUCACAGCGACAUGGCAACAAUUGCCAAAGCGAUGGCCAAUCUAGCGUCUGGCCUGGAAGUGCGAGACAGGAUGUGGCUCAAGAUCACAAUCCCCUCCGCCUUCAUAGGCUCGGAUGUGGUGGACUGGCUCUACCAUCACAUGGAGGGCUUCACUGACCGCCGUGAGGCCAGGAAGUACGCCAGCAACCUGCUGAAGGCCGGCUACAUCCGGCACACCGUCAACAAGAUCACCUUCUCCGAGCAGUGUUACUACAUCUUCGGAGACGUCUGUGGCAAUAUGGCUAGCCUCUCCCUGGGAGACCACGAUGGGUCGAGUGGGGCGUCCGACCAGGACACCCUCGCUCCCCUGCCCCAUCCUGGGGCUGCCCCCUGGCCCCUGGCCUUCCCCUACCAGUACCCAAUCCCACACCCUCUGCAAGAGCCACCCCGAAGCCAACCUGGAGGGGGGGGCAGUGCAGGCAGCCAGCACAGCGAAGGGAGUUGUAGCAGCGGGUCCAACCGCAGUGGCAGUAAGAAGGAAGCGGCUGCUGGGGGGGCAGGUGGUGGGGAGUCCAAGUCGACAGGAAGCGGCAACGAAUCAGAGCUGAGGAGGGAGAAGCCCCCCAGCGAGCGCUCAGUGGUGGUGCUCCUUAGCGAGCACAGCAUGCGCAGCACACACAGCCCGAACAGCUUGGCCCAAAGUGUCCACAGUACCCACUCCCACAGAGGUAGCCUGGUGUACGGACCCCCCGGACUGCUGGCCCAGCCCCCGCCCUCCCUCCCCACCACGGCCCCCCCUGGGUCGCCCCCGGGCCGAGACCUAGCCUCUGUGCCGCCCGAACUCACCGCCUCGCGUCAAUCGUUCCGCAUGGCCAUGGGCAACCCCAGCGAGUUCUUUGUCGAUGUCAUGUGAUGUGUGCGUUAGGUGAUCCAGAGGGCGGAUCCUCACUGCAGGUGUUCAGAACUUCCUGGUACGGAGAGAAAGGAGGUGGAGGAGGAGGAAAGGAUAUAGUAGAGGCUAAGAGAAAAAAACAGGUGGUGCUAAGAGGAACGUGGGUGUAACUGCAUAGGUCUUCUUCAGUCUGUCGCCAGUCCUGUGGCACCUGUACUUUCGUCAGUGAAGAAAAUCGGAGUGGAUGCAGCUCUCUCUCCUUUGUCCCCAUUUAAUAGACAAUUUUGUUAAUGUUCUUUUCCACAUCAGUUUGUGUGUGUGUAUAUGAGUGAGUCAAUAUGUGGUUGGAAUUGAAUGUUUUCUUUUUGUCAUUUUCUCCCGUCCCACUCAACUGUUAUUGAAUUUCUGUGGACGCUCCAUUGCAACCCCUCUUUAAAAAUCAACACAGUCCAUUCUAGAUGGGAGGAGGCUCAGAGAGAGAGCGAGAGACUGUGGACAUCCUAUUAAAUUACUAUUUAAAAAAAGUAUCUAUAUACCGUAUAUAUUAUUCUAUACUGUGGACAGGGUCAUGUUCAUUAGGGCAUGCAACAGUUUUAAAACGUUUAGCAACAGGAAACUAAAAUGAGCAUUUCUUUCAAGUCGUUCAAGUCGUCCCUCUGUCUAUUUUAUUCCGUUUGGUGCCUAAUGAAAAUGUCCCAGGAUUGUGUUAAGGAUGUUGGUGUUUCUCUCUGUGAGUCUUCUCUGCGCUGCACAAGUGGGGCGAAAUGGAAUGUUCACUCAAAUGAACGUCUGGGGGGGGGGAAACGCUUUUAUAUUCCAUCUUUCCAUAUUGAGUUUCUCAGAAGCUGUCUGUAUACAAGGAGAGAUAUGGAGAAAAGUAGAGAGCAUAUAUGAAAAGGAAUUAAGAGGGAUAGACAUAUUUCAACAUUCAUUUGGGAAUUGAUCACGUUUCUGUCCAAAUUCCAAUCAAAGCAAAUAUGUACUGCAAGCCCCAUGCAUAUAGAUAUACAUUUGUUAGGUCUAUCAUAUCUGACAGAUGUAAUGGUACUUCUCAUUGCUGUACACUAAGUAGCAGCCAUGUUAAUUGUGAUCGUAAUCUCAGAUACUGCUCUAACUAAUCAGUGCAAUCAAUAUUGGAAGAUGAAGAGUAUACAAGCUGAACCUUGCGCCAAUAUAUUACACGACACCCGGGUUGGGGUCAAUUCCAUUUCAAUUCGGGAAGUAAACUGAAAUCAAAGCUCAUCUAUGUGGAAAAAAAUGCGAAUUGGAAUUUCAAUUUACUUCCUGAUUUGAGCAUAUUUCUCCAAUAAGAAAUGUUAAUUUUAGUUUCCUGUUGCUAAAUGUUUUAAAAUUGUUGCAUGCCCUAAUGAACACGACCCUGUCCACAGUAUAGAAUAUAUAUACUUUUUUUUUUUAAUAGUAAGUUAAUAGGAUCUCUACAGUCUUUCGCUCUCUCUCUAAGCCUCCUCCCAUCGAGAAUGGACUGUGUUGAUUUUUAAAGAGGGGUUGCAAUGGAGGGUCCAGAGUUUCAAUGACGGUCACCCCAACACUGCAUGACACAGGGCUAUUUUAGUAAAGGAAAGUUGAGAAGCCUUAUGUUGCUUAUGUUUCCCCAUAUCUCUCAAUACAUUACAAUAUGUUAGUCUUUUUCUUCAUUAACAUCAACAUUCUGUAUCAUUUACUGUAUUAACGUCUCCUACCCUGUAAACCUUACAUUUAUUACGUGAAAAACAAAGUUUUUUUUAUUUAUAAACAGUUUUAUUGCCUAAUCAUUAA